AUGGAUCCUAAUCAAGUCAAUGUCGAUUUAAGAGUCGGAAGAAAGUAUCGUUUGAGUAAGAAAAUCGGCUCCGGUUCAUUUGGUGAUAUCUAUCUUGGCACAAACAUCAUCUCUGGUGAGGAAGUUGCAAUCAAGUUGGAAAGCAUCAGGGCAAAACAUCCACAACUAGAAUAUGAAGCUAAGGUCUAUAAAGCCUUAUGUGGAGGAGUUGGUAUUCCCUUUAUUAGAUGGUAUGGAACAGAAUGCGACUUCAAUGCCAUGGUUAUUGAUUUAUUGGGCCCUUCGUUGGAAGACUUGUUUGGAUAUUGUAACAGAAAGUUCUCCUUAAAGACAGUGCUCCUAUUGGCAGACCAACUGAUUUGUCGUAUUGAAUUUAUUCAUGCAAGAAGUUUUAUUCAUAGAGAUAUCAAACCUGAUAAUUUCCUUAUGGGUGCAGGUAAAAAGGGUUCACAAGUCAAUGUUAUUGAUUUUGGAUUGGCGAAAAAAUUUAGAGAUCCAAGAACUCAUUUACAUAUCCCCUAUAGAGAAAAUAAAAAUUUGACUGGUACUGCUAGAUAUGCUUCUAUUAAUACUCAUAUGGGUAUUGAACAAUCUAGAAGAGAUGAUUUAGAGAGUUUAGGUUAUGUCUUAAUUUAUUUCUGUAAAGGUCAAUUGCCUUGGCAAGGUCUAAAAGCUGCAACUAAAAGACAAAAAUAUGAUCGUAUUUUGGAGAAAAAACUGGCAAUUCCAACAGAAGUAUUAGCUAAAGGCCUACCAAUCGAAUUCACACAUUAUUUGAAUUAUGUUAGAUCUCUAAGAUUUGAUGAUAAGCCUGAUUACAUUUAUUUGAGAAGGAUGUUUAGAGAUUUGUUUUUAAGAGAAAAGUUUGUUUACGAUUAUAUCUUUGACUGGACUAUUUAUAAGUUCACUGUUCAAAAUCAACAACAACAGCAGCAGCAACAACAGCAACAACAACAGAAGGCUAUCGAAGAAAAAAACGAAAAUCAACAACAAACUCAACAAAUCGGUCAACCAAUUGGCCAAGCACAACAAUACCAAUCGACCCCUCAUGACCAACAAAUCAAACCACUAUUACAACAACAGCAGAACCAAGCUGUUCAUGUCCCUGAUAUCGAGGCAAAUAAUCAAUUGAAACAAACCUAUAGAAUCCAACAGUCUCAACAACAAGGUGCGAACAAGAGUCCAUAUAAUCAAGGCCAGCAAAGUUCGCAGGCUCAACAUGGACAAUCACCAAGUAUCUUGAAGAAUAACGUUCAAAACUCCCAAGUUAACGUCAAUAACAAUAAUCCGGCUUGGCUGUAA